GCAAACACAGCCAUGUCUAGCUUAUCUUGUAUUUCCAUGACAAAAGCACUUGCUUGCGCCACCGUCACUGGAAACUCCUCUCCUCCCCCGCAAACCAAAAACACACCCAAAUCAGAACCCACAACUCUACCAAGUAGAAAGAAACAACCUUUGCAGCAACGAAGGCCACAACAGCCCUCCAUCGUCCAAAUCGAACGUGCCAUUGGAGCUGGCUCCUUCCGCGACGCAGACAGCACCGAUUUGGACCGGAGAAAGACUGUUUUUGAUGGCCUUUUACCAAUUACUACUGGGAAAUUUGAGGGAGCUGUGGAGAAGCAGCUCAGGAAGACAGGGGAGUGGAUUUCUAGCAAUACAGAAGCAAAAUUUCGUUCAUCAGGAAAAAUGAUUCUAAUGUUUGUGCUCAAAUGGAUGCUACCAAUCUGGACACUGUCUCUCCUGGUAGCUUCUGGAGUCAUAAAACUCCCAUGGACUUCCCCUCUUCUUGAUGACCUGAUUAUGUGACUUUUAGCCUCCAACAUUCAACAGAGUUGGCUUCUUCAGUUUGGUUUUGGCAUCUGAACCACCUGUUAGGUUGGCAUGAGUUGUUCAAAUCAAAAAAAAGGUUGGCAUGAGUUGUAAAUUUCACAUUUGUCCACAGCUAGACAGCAUUGCACCUCUAUACGACUACCUACUUUUGCGAGCAAAUUAUCAUUAAAUCACUUAAGAGAUG